UUUACCGCUGCCUACUCCCGCUUGAUGUGGCAUGUCCGUGGCAUCAAUUUAAAAUAUUAAAAAAAAAAUUGAAUCAGUCCGCUUUCUUUCCACUUCAUAGCAUUUUUCUUCCCCUGUUCUUGCCUUCUUCGAAUCAUUCAUCCCAACUCCACAUCGUAGAAGGCUUCUCGUUAUUCUCUCUUCCACAUCAUCUCCUCCACCUCGUCAGAAACACUGUCUCGACGGAUGAACAUUUGGUCACAACCCAGAGCCUCAGGUGAGAAUCAACGUACAGGCCACAGCCCAGAUUUUUUACUAUGGAUGCUUUUGUUUGUUGAAGCUAAAUGCACUAUCCGGGGAUGUAUCAAAACUCCAACGUCCCUUGGGCAGUCACCAAGUGUCAGCGAAUGGGGAUAUGUUCCUUCAAUUGGUCAACUUGGCUUUCAGUCACAAAAUGUUGCAAAGGUAAUGGAGUUUGUUGGUGGUGAAAUGGUGCACUGGGCAGGGUAAACGAGUAUUUUUGGAAAAAGGUAAGGGAAAAUAUCUCAGAACCAUCUCUCUGUCGAUGCUUGCUUUUAACAGCAAGAUUGCUGGCUAUACACUGCAACAGGAAUGAAAAUCUGAGAUCUUAGAUACGUUGUUACAGGAAAAAAAAAAUCUUGAAGUAUGUUGCCAUUAGAGUUAUUGGCUUCAAAUUUAAUGUCUCAUCUGGUUGUAACUUUCCUUUUAUGACCUGAAUAGCGAUGAUGGAUUUGUGCAUUUGGUACUAAAAGAUUUCAAAGGGAUCCAAUUCCUUGGGAUGAAAUGCAGAGAUUUGAUUUUUGAUAGAGCUACUUCAGCCAUAGACUUAAAGUAGAAAUAUAUGAUGUUUAAAAGUUUACUAAUAGCACCAAAUCAAAUUAAGUGGUUAUGUAAAUUGUACAUACUUUCCUGCGUUUGUUGGGGUUGAAAGUUCUCAAAAUAUGGUAUGUUAUUUAUUCGUAC